AUGGUCACUCAAAGACCCUCUUCAUCUACUAAUUCCGAAGAUAGUGAGAAAAGAGAAAGAGACAAUUCAUCUUGUUCGGAAGAAGAUGAAAAAAUCAUAUCCUCUUCCUCACCUUCUUCCUCGACGCCUCGAUUGACACAUGAUGUUUUCCUUAGUUUCCGUGGCGAAGACACUCGAACGAGUUUUACGGAUCAUCUAUAUGAAGAUUUAAAACGGAGAGGUAUUCGAGUCUUCAGGGAUGACAAAUCACUCGAGAAAGGAAAAUGCAUUCCUCAAGAGCAUUUGCAAGCAAUUCAAGAAUCCCAAUACGCCAUCGUCAUUUUUUCGGCAAAUUAUGCUUCUUCCAAAUGGUGCCUCAGGGAACUUGCCGAGAUCGUUGAAUGGAAGGAAAGGAAGAAUCUCACAAUUAUUCCUAUUUUCUAUCAUGUGAAUCCUUCAGAUGUAAGAAAACAAGGAGGGACUUUUAAAAAAGCUUUCGCCGCACAUGGAAAAGAUCCCAUGGUAGACAGCGAAGAGAUUGGUACGUGGAGAAAAGCUUGCACAAAAGUCGGCAAUAUUUCCGGGGAGCACAUAAAUGGGGACAGGUAA